AUGGAGCGCAUCUUUGAUGCUAAGAGGUUCCCCGAUGAGAGCAUGCUUGCUUUCACGGUCUACAUGCUCACUGGAGAGGCUGGGCAUUGGUGGGCCAGUAUGAGGUUGGUAAUGGAAGAAGUUAGCGGACCAUCUGGGUCCAGGCCGAGAGUUGAAGAGAAGAAGAAGCCUUAUGCUAGGUGCAACCAUUGUGGCAGGGAUGACCACUUUGGCAGAGAAUGUUCCACUCUGAGGAGGACAGUGGCACGACCUUCACCACAGACUCUGAGCCAGACUUCGGGCCAGACUCAGCAUAAGAGGGGAGGCAGCAGGCCUCAGGCUACAGGCAGGGUCUAUGUGAUGACUGGGUCAGAGGCGGCAGGUUCAGAUAACCUUGUGAUUGGUUGUUGUGUGAUAUCUGGCAAGUCUUGUUGCGUGCUUUUUGAUUCUGGAGCGACACACUCGUUUGUGUCAGAGUCUUGUGUGCAGGAGUUGGGUAUGCCAGUGUGUGAGCUACUGUUUGACCUCGUGGUAUCUACCCCGACAUCUGGGUUGGUUAGGACUUCUUCGGUGUGUGCUAGAUUUCCAGUUGAGGUAGAGGGACGCGUAUAUAAAGUCAAUCUCAUAUGCCUUCCUCUACAAGGGCUAGAUGUGAUCUUGGGAAUGGAUUGGCUCUCUGCCAAUCAUGUUCUCAUAGACUGUCGGGAGAAGAAGUUGUUGUUCUCCAACUCAGAGGAUCCUGAGUUAUUGUCUUCUCAUGGGGUUAUGAAGGAAAUCUGGGACGACGCACAAUGUUAUUUGGUCUUUGCCAUGAUGAAUGUUGAGAAGGAGGAAAGGAUAACGGUGAUACCAGUGGUCAGGGAAUUUGAGGAUGUGUUCCCCGAAGAGGUACCAGGUUUGCCCCCGAGGAGAGAAGUUGAGUUCUCUAUAGACUUGGUACCAGGAGUUGGCCCUGUGUCUAUAGCUCCUUACCGCAUGGCCCCAGCGGAGUUGGUGGAGUUAAAGAAAUAG